AUGGAAGUCGAUCGUGUUGCUGUGAUUGGCGCCGGCCCCUGUGGUUUGGGAAUCUCCAAGUAUCUCUUCGCUGAGCAAAAGUUCAAAAAUGUGACGAUUUUUGAGCAGCGCGACCGGCCUGGCGGCGUCUGGAACUAUACUGGGGAUGAAGGUAUCAACAAUGCGGCACUUCCCCGCCCCAAACCAAGCCAGGAGCCUCAACAGGCAGUGAACGGGACCUUUGCAUCUCCAGUAUAUGACGCCCUGGAAACAAACAUCCCCAAUUCAAUGAUGCAGUUCAUCGACCUUCCAUUCCCAGCGGGUACCUCGCUAUUCCCAACCCACGAAGUCGUGAAGAACUAUCUUCAUCAGUACGCAGAGGAAUUAACACCGUACAUACGCCCUCAAUCCCUGAUCUUGAGCGUGGUACUAUCACAGAAGUACCCAAAGCCAGAAUGGACAGUGACCUGGCGUGAUCUGAAAUCCGAGAAGGUCUUGGUAGAGAGAUUCGACGCAGUGGUAGUGGCCAAUGGUCACCACAAUGAUCCAUAUAUCCCCGAGAUUCCUGGAAUAGCAGAGUGGAGUCAGAAAUAUCCAGGCUCCAUUAUUCACUCGUCUUCUUACAGACGCCCCGAAGCUUUCUCGGAUAAGAAAGUGAUUGUUGUCGGGCACUCUGCAUCGGGGAUUGACAUUGCGAGCCAGAUCGGUCAUGUCUCAAAGCGCCCUCUGCUGAUCUCCGAACGGACAGCAACAACGCUUUCCCCAAAACAAGCUGCCGUUGCCGAAUCCCUCCCAGAAAUCAGCUUCCUGAGCGCUGAAGAUGGACGUGUUGUUUUCGCUAAUGGCCAGGAAAAGAAAGGGGUCGACCACAUUGUCUUCUGCACAGGUUACCACUUCUCUAUUCCAUUCUUGUCAGGCCUCCAGCCAUCCAUCGUCACAGAUGGUGUGCGCCCACACCAUCUAUACCAGCAUGUAUUUUACAGCAAAGAGCCAUCGUUAGCCCUGAUAGGAUUUCCGCAGCGGAUUGUUCCAUUCCCUUUCAGUCAGGCACAGGGAGCUUGGGUGGCGCGCGUCUUUUCAGGUCGAGUCGCACUGCCAUCCGAGCUUGAGAUGGAGCGGUGGAUAGCGGAGUGGACAGCUAGUCGCGGCGAGGGCCGUGGUUUCAACACUCUUGCCUUUCCACUCGAUGCAGAUUAUAUUAAUCAUUUGCAUGGGUUGAGUUCAGAUGCGGCUCGAAAGGAGGGGCUGGAGAAUGGUGGUCAGGGUAAGAGGUCGCCGUUCUGGGGCGAGAAGGAAAGAUGGACACGUGCGAGAUUUCCACUAAUCAAGGAGGCAUCACGGGCACUUGGGAAACAGCGGGCAGAUGUAAAAACUUUGGAGCAGCUUGGGUUUGACUUCGAGAAGGAUUCUGCGCAGGAUGUUGGAGCGCGGCUGUAG